GGGGUAAAGAAAUUCUCUCAUACCCCCCCCUCUCCAGACACACAACACACCGAGAAGCAAAAUGGUCGCCCGUCAACCAACUGACUCUACAGCGCUUUAGAAACCGAAGAUAUUGAGCGUAUUUAGCUCGUUAGUUCGCAUCGUGCUGCAUGCACAUAAUCGGCUGAGUGUUGGAAAAGGACAUUAUUGUCCAUUGUGCAGUUAGCUUGCUACUCGCUUCAUGUUCGUAUUGUAUCGCACAUUGUUGCGCUUCGAAUGCCUCCAUAAACUGGAAUUUCGCACUGAAGCACUUUAUUUCAUAUGUAAUUCCUGAGAGAGGAGUGUCAGGAAAGGGAACAGCAGUUCAUGGAAGACAAGAAAAGAAAGAAAGAAGAGAAAAGAAAAAAAGAAGCUUCUCAGAAGUCUAACUUCCGUCUCUUCCCAGUGCCAGAUUUGACCAAGCCAACGUCCGCCCCGUCUCCAGCCACCCCCAGCUCUACGUCCCCCAGCCCUGGCCCCCCUCCCCCCCCGUCCCCCGCCACCACCGGUACCACCCCCCAGGGCGGGAACAAUGCCAAGCGCCAGGCGGUGCCCAACGGACAGCCCCCCUCCGGCGCCCCUGCUGCCCAGCGUUACAUGCCCCGCGAAGUGCCCCCGCGAUUCCGCUGCCAGCAGGACCACAAAGUGCUACUGAAGAGGGGCCAGCCGCCGCUGUCCUGCAUGCUGCUGGGGGGGGGCACCGGCGGGGGAGCCCCCCCUCUGUCGCAGGGAGACGCCUCCGAUGCAGUCGCAGCUGGAGCCUCGGAUUCCAGUCCUGGGUCUCAGGGUUCAGCUGCUUCCUCACUUCCCCAGUCCUCCUCCUCGUCCUCUUCAUCUUCGUCAUCAUCAGUCGCUGCUUCUUCUUCUUCAAAUUAUGCAAAUUCCACGUGGGGGGCGGGCUCUGGCAGCCAGCCCCCCUCUCAGGGCUGGGAGAAGGUGAUAGUGGACGGAUCCGACUUGGAGGAGUGGCCCAGCAUCGCCGUGGGGGCCGGGGGCGGAGACAGGGGAGGCGCCGGGGGGACGGAGACGGGCGAUGCCCAAAACAGCAGUGCCUCAUGGAUGGACAGACAGCUCCAGCAGAAAGCGUCAGGGGCAGGGAAUGCUGGGAACUCCGACAGCCCCUCCCCGCCUUCCUCCUCCUCCUCCUCCUGCUCGCCAGAUGAAUGUACCCUGUCCGGCGGCGUCGCGUGGGGGUCCUCCUCGCAGACGGGUAUCGGAGGAGGUGCGGCGGCGACAGCGGCCGGGGUCGCGCCCUCGAAAUCCAAAGCCUCCUCUUUCCCUGGGACUGCAGACGACGCCAUUGGCGUCAGCGGUGGGACUCCUGGUGCCAACUUCAACCCCAACGCCAACCCCUCUGCUUGGCCAGCCCUGGUGCAGGACGAGACGACGGGGGCAGGGACGGGGGUGCCCGUGGACCUUCCCUCUUCCCUCCCACCUCCACCCUCCCUGUCGGCCAACCCCGCCCUCGGCCACGCCCCACCUUCCGCGGACCCAGCCAAUCAUCAGAACCGACUUAGCGAAGCAGAGGCCGGGGACGGGGAGUGGGAGGGCGUGGGGCCCGAGCAGGGAGCAGGACCAAAAAAAUGCGGAGAGGACGGGGACAGCGGGACUGCGGGAGCAGGGGACGCCCCGCCCUCUCUGUCCUCCUCUUCGUGGAGAGACCCGGCCUUCUCCUGCAAAACUGCCGCCUCCAGGACCGACGGCUGGGAGCACGGAGAGGGAGGGGGCGACGUCCCGGGAGAGGGGGGGAGCUCCUGGGGUCGCAGUGGCUCGGACAGAGGGAGCUCGGGGUCCGAAGGGGGGAAAAGUUGGGGGGCAGGAAAUGGGGGCAGCUGUAAGACCCCCAGGGCAUCUCAGGGAGAGUGGAGCGGGGAGGACCUGUUGGUCGGGGAAUGGGGCGGUUCGGGAGGGGUGGCGGGCACGGCGGGGCCUUGCGAUCCGGCUGGAGGAAGCGGCAGCAGCAAGAGCAGCAGCUGCAGUGGGGGCAGCGUGGGCAAGCCCCCCUCCACCUCCUCCCCCCUGCCCCCAACCACCGCCAGAGCUUGGGACAAUCAGAAGGGCGUCGGGGAGGGGGGUGCGGGGGAGGCCGGGGAGGCCGGGGAGUGGGGCGGCCAGGGGCACGGUGCGGGGGGCACUUCCUCCUCCAGCGGUGGGGGGCGCUCCAGAGCCGGGAACGGCCCCGCCAAUCAGCGGCACCGCCUCGCCGCCCCUCCCCCCAGCACUGAAGUGGCCUUACAGAACUUGCUCAGCCGGUCCGACCUGGACCCACGCGUCCUGUCCAACACCGGCUGGGGCCAGACCCAGAUCCGGCAGAAUGUGGCCUGGGACCUGAAGGGGGGCAAAGGCCCCUCGGCCUUCUCUGCGAAUAAUACUACUAAUCCUGCUCAUGCUUACCCCGCCAACGCCAGUUCAGCGACUACUGAUCCGCCUGUGCCACCCGCUCAGCCUCCCGGGCCCUCGGGCCCCGGCCCCGGCCCCACGCCCGCCGCCGCGCUCUCAGCAGAGGGCUGGGAGGGCGGGGCUAACGGCUCGCUGUCGACCCGGGGCCCGCCGCCCGGCGCUCCCCACGCGCGGAAUCCCAGCGGUACGCAUGCCGCUUCGCCCGCCUCCGGGGGCUGUGUGGGCGGUGGCCCUGGGAAGGGGGGCGGGGGCUGGGGCGGGACGGGCCCGGUGGAAGGACAGGGGAAAGGGUGGGGCGGCGGCGAGGGUCCGGAGUGGAGAGAGCGCAGGGGGGAGUGGGGGGAAUUUGGGCAGCAGGGUACCCCCGCUGGCGGUGGCGGUGGUGGCGGUGGCGGCGGCGGUUGGGGGGGUAGCCAGGAGCCAAAAGGGACAGCAGGGUGGAAGGAAGUGGGAAGAGAAGGAGGGGGCUGGGGGCAGGGUGGGGGUGGAGACUGGGGGGAGCCAGAGCCCAAACCAGCCAGUGGGGGUUGGGGUGAUGGGAAGGGUGGGGGUGCUGGGGGGGGUUCGGAAACGGGAUCUUGGGGGAACUGGGACGAAGGAGGGCCAAAGAGAGGUUGGGGAGGUGGAGCGGGAGGGGACAUGGGUGGUAAGCCUCAUCAGGGGUGGGGGGGAAAAGCACACCCAUCGCAGAUACCAAACAGCCAGGGGGGGCCGCCGAAGGGCCCGGUUCAGCCACCGGCGCAGCAAUCGCAGCCUCUGGACCCAGGGGCCCUGCAGGGCGGCUGGGGUAGAUCAGGGGGGCCCCCCUCCCAGAAGCAGAACCAAAGUUGGGGCUGGACCUCGGGCCCUGUCCCCCAAACGGCCGGCGGCUCUGGCGAGGGGCCGGAGCCCAGCGGGUGGGAGGAGCCAUCGCCCCACUCCAUCAGCCGCAAGAUGGAGAUCGACGACGGCACCUCCGCCUGGGGCGACCCCAGCGUCUACAACGGCAAGAGCGUCAACCUGUGGGACAAGAACGGUGGCACUGCGCUGCAGCCCCAGGGCCCCGCCCAUCAGCCUCAGGGCCCCGCCCACCAGCCCCAUGGCCCUGCCCAUCAUCCCCAUGGCACCACCCAUCAGCCCCAGGGCCACGCCCAGCAGCAGCCACCGGCAAGCAGGGCCGCACACCCGCCUGCUGCUGCUGGGAACCCCGCACAGUCUGGCAAGGCUCCUGCAUUGUGGGGAGGCAGUAUCGCCCCCUCUGGCCAAGGUACGGAUAGCGGCACUGCCGCCUGGGGGAAGGUGGACUCGUCCACCGGCUGGGGUGACUUGGAGGAUUCUGGGAAGACCUCUGGCUGGGGAAACCCGUCCCCCAAUCCAGUCAAGUCUGGUUCGAAGUCUAUGCAAGAGGGCUGGGGCGAGGGGGCAGAGGCGGGCGGGUCCGUCAGUGCCUCCCGCCAUUCCAGCUGGGAGGAGGAGGAGGACGGAGGCGGCGUGUGGAACAGCGCUGGGUCCCAGGGCAGCGGCUCCUCCUACAACUCCGGCAGCUGGGGCCCGAGCGGGAAGAAGAGCUCCAGCAAGGGUGCCCUGAAAGGCGGUGGGGGGGACUCCUGGAUGAACCCCGUGACCAGACAGUUCUCCAACAUGGGUCUCCUGGGAGAGGAGCCCGGCAGCCGGCCCCUGGAUCUGGCCCCGGGCCUGACCCAGGACAAGAAGCAGGAAGGAGAGAAGAGGGGGAUGAGCCUGAACGACUACAACGGAGAGAUGCGCAAAGGAGGGAGGGGAGGAGGGGCCGUGUUCCGCCCGCACGGGUCCAAAGACGCGGGCCCCGGCGAGCCUGGGUCUUACUACGACAAGACGGGUGGGCACAGUGCGUUUGGUGGCGGCGCUGGGAUGGCUCAGUCUCGGGGGGUGCCCUCCAUAAACCCCUCCCCAGGGAUACGAGCACAAGUGCCUCAUCAGUUCCUGUCGCCUCAGGUGCCGGGCUCCGUGCUGAAGCAGAUGGCCCCUCCCAGCAGUAAUGUGGGCGGAGUUGCAGGGGUGGGGGGAGGAGUCUUUCCGCCCCAGCUCUCCCCCCAGCACAUCGCCAUGCUGAGCAACAUCUACCCCCACGUACAGCAGUUCCACCUGGCCUGCCAGCUCCUCCUGCAGCAGCAGCAGCAGCAGCACCUCCUGCAGAAUCAGAGGAAGUUCCCUCAGAACCUGCGCCAGCCCCCCGACCCACAGCAGCUGGCCAGAGUCAUGGCAAUCCUUCAGCAGCAGCAGAGACAGCAGCAGGGCGUGGGCUCCAAACUGUCCCCAUCUCACCUGGGUGGAGGCGCUCCCAAACAGCCAAUGGCAGACCCCCUGCCACACCCGGGCAUGGGCGGCUCCCUGGCUGAUCUGCACCCUAAAACCCAGGGAGGGUACUCUGGGUUUCCCUCAGGGGUGAACCUGUCGGGACUGGAGCUGGGGGGCAUGAAGGACAGUGGGGGGCAGCAGUCCCGCUUCAAGUGGAUGAUGGAGGGCCGCUCUCCUGCUCCGUCACCUCCUGACUCCGCCCUACACAAGAACGGUCCCAUCUCUACCCCUGUGAAAAUGGGGGGUGGCUCCCCCUACUCCCAGUAUGAGCUGUUGGGGGGCGAAGGCUUGGGGAUGCCCCCUCAGGGCCCCUCUGAUAACUGGCACCGAACUCCUGGAAGCAAGAUGGGGGCCAAGAUGGGCACCUCUAGCUGGCCUCCAGAGUUCCAGCCUGGUGUACCGUGGAAGGGAAUUCAGAGCGCAGACCCUGAAUCUGACCCCUACGUGACCCCGGGCAGCGCGCUGGGCUCAUCUGGGGCUUCCAGCCUCAACGACACGGAACAUCAGUUACUGCGAGACAACACAGAUUCUAACCCCUCCCUCAACACCUUGCUGCCUUCACCAGGAGCCUGGCCCUACAGUGCCUCAGACAGCCCCCUCAGCAACGCACACAACUCAGCAAAGUAUACGGAUUAUAAACCCAGCUGGCCUCCGGACCCUAUAGGACACAACAAGCUGUGGAAGUCCAAUCGCAACAGUUCCCAGGUGCCACGCCCACCUCCUGGAUUAACCAAUCAGAAACAAUCCUCUCAAUCCCCUUGGGGGGGUGGAGGCCCCAGAUUGGCCAGAAAUUGGGGCGGGUCUGGAGCCAGCCAGGAAACAAGAUACGGGUCAGGUUCUGCGUGGAGCGAUGCUGCGUCCCUGAGGGGGAGUUGCUGGCUGGUUCUGAGUAACCUCACCCCACAGAUUGACGGCUCCACGCUUCGCACCAUUUGUAUGCAGCACGGCCCCCUGCUGACCUUUCACCUCGGCCAGGGGAGCGCUCUGAUUCGCUACAGCACCCAGCAGGAAGCGGCCAAGGCGCAGAGUGCCCUGCACAUGUGCGUUCUGGGAAACACCACGAUUCUGGCGGAGUUUGUGAGCGAGGAGGAGGUCAGUCGCUAUUUUGCACAUUCCCAGGCGGGAGGCGGGAGCAGCAGCGGCGGAGGUGGGACCGUGGGGCCCGGGGCUGGCCAGGUCCCGUCGGGGACGGGGACGGCGGGUGCCGGCGGUGGAGGGGGCACCCCGGGGAGUGAGCGGGAGCGCGCUGCUGUAGGGAGCGCGGCGGCGGGGGGGAAUACCGCCGGACCCGCUGGCAUAGGAAGCGUGGGGCCUUCCAGCUCAGGCUGGAAAAGUUUGGACGGUACAGGCAGCUCUCCAGACGCCUCUUCUGCCCAAGGACCCGGGCUGAGCAUCUUCGCUCAAUGGAGCAGCAACGGGGCCGGGGGAGGAGUGGGGGGUGGGACAGGGAGCGUGGAUCCUGGCAGGUCGGGGCUCUGGGGGGGCGUGACCCCUGGUUACCCCAGUAGCAGCCUCUGGGGAGCGCCACAAAUGGAGGACAGACACCAAAUGGGCAGCCCAGCUGCACUGUUGCCAGGUGACCUGCUGGGAGGAGGGGCUGACUCAAUCUGACUGACACACAUGUAUACACACACGCGUGCAUAAAUCCACCCUCGGACACGCACUAGUAUACAAGCAAGUAGCCGCACACACAUUCAUAAACUAAUGCACACACACACGCAAACACACAAACAUGGUUGACAGGGAAAACUAACCCCUUCAUACUCUCAUAAUCUUAUAAAAUGGAGACCUGCACAGAGACAGGCAAGGGCUUUCCCACAAAAUGAAGACGUCAACUACAAGACUUGAAUAGAAGGAAUCUUAGCAAUUGUGAUGCAUAAAGAUUUAACUGUAUGAACCUUAUCCUUGGGCUGGAGGCAUGCAAAUACACACAUACACACCACACACCACACGCACGCACACACACCGCACGUACACACACACCACUAUCAGAUGGACACUGUAAUAUUACAUCAUUGUUAUUGGACACAGCAUAGGAUGAUUAUCCUAGUAACUAUCAUUAACGGACUCUCAUACACAUUUCUAAUAUUUGAGUUGACAAGCUGUCAUAGUAUUUUUGUUUUUGCCAUUUUUGGGACAGUGGAUUGCAGAUCCUUCAUUCUUCUCCUCAAAUGCUGACCUCCUCAUUUUUCUUUUUUGUCUCGUAUCUCAAUCAAGUUCACUCUCGUUAUUUGUUAUUAAGACUAUAAUUAUUUUAUUUUGAUUUUGUUUAGUGGUAUGAUGCAUCAUAGUGUUAAAGUGUGUAAGAGAAUUUUUGGGAAUGAGAGAGGUGUGAAUGUGUUGUAGCGAGACUGCGUGCUUGUGCGAGUUUCUUUCCGUCUCAGUUAGAGAUGUGAGUGAGUGAGUGAGUAUGGGGCAGGUGUUCAUGUAUUUCGAGUGUGCUCAGUGUAUGCAGUAUGUGCAGUCUGCUCAUUCAGGAACAUUGGCACUAAUGUUUUUGUCCUUGUUGUAAGUCAUGUUUUUAGCAGCCUUUUUUAUCAUCUGAAUGCAAUAAUAAACAAGAUAUUUUAAAGACAAGCAGCUGAAGACACACAUCGGAAAAGAGAUGCCAAAUCUUAUUAAACCUAGUUGGAACGGUAGGUGUUUACAGACACCUAAAGGAGAUAAAAAAAAAAAAGUUACAAUGUUUUUAUUUUUGUUGUUUAAUGUUUUAAAUUAAGACGGGCUUUAACACUCCUGUUCGGAUGUUUGUUUCCUGGUUUUGCAAAGGAAAGGAAGGAGAGGUGGAGGUAAUAAAGUUGAAAGUAUUGGUUUCUCUGUCCUGUGAUUAUGUCGCGUUUUACGCGCUGCUUCGGGCCACGACACGAUCUGUUCUUGCGGUUCUGUGAGUUUGCCCGCUGCAGUCCGGGAGCCCCUGGGUGUGCUGCAGGUGCUCUCCACGCUCACAGAGACUCCCGCCGUCCGUCUCGGACACCGUGCUUCUGCAAUAUCCUGUAACGUUUCGUUCAGAAUAGCUGUCACUUUACCAGUGCUCGCUUCUUCCUGUAGGCGCUGCGUUAGACCUAGAAUACGCUUCAAGUUGCAGAUGUUUUUUUUCUUUGUUGUUACUUGAUUACUUGUGUUUAAAUUGAGUUUAAAAAGCACAAAAUAAGGGCUUUAAAAACUGCCUGCACAGACGCACACCUACGCAAGACACACCCCAUUGGAAAAAUACACCUACGCAACAUCAGCACGUGCCCUGUUAGAAAAAUCCUGUUGAAUUCUUUGUAUCCGUCUUUGUAGGUUUGAUGUCUGUCGUCCUUCACAACCACUGACGUGGGGUUCAUUCUAGAAGCGGGGUCAUGUGCCCUGCCCCCUGCCCCCCAGGGUUUAAGACGAGGCCAUUGGCAGUGCCCUCAGCAUUACCCUUCUCUCGUUCUUUCAGGCCUCAAUCCUGUGCGGGAAGGCUAAACUGGAUCGCGUUUGAAACAUGUACGUUGUGGCCUUCUCACAUUUUUGGGGGCGUGACUCAACCGCCAGUGGCAGGCCCAACAUUCUCCUGUAGGGCUCAGCACGGGGCUUGAUUGGUCGGCAGGCUCUCGCUUCGUUCUGUGAUGUCAGACCUAGGCAGCUACCGGCUCCCCCUGACUUUGGACCUCAGAUGCGUGUUUGGGGCCUGUUGGCCCCCCCGGCAACUAAUUCAGGACUGCUUUACCGAGCCCCAGUCCAAAGCCCUACCAUUCUGAGGGCAGAAUAUCUACACAGCACUGUGGUCUCGCCUGAAGGAGUCCUUCUGAUACAGCCUUUCUGACUGAACCGAGCCUGCAGAGCACUGCAGUAGAGAGGGAGGGGCUGGAAAUCGGGGAGGUAUUGAAUUGAGGCCAGAAUAAAAUGCAGCUGAAUCUCACGCAGGAGGUGCAUGUUGCUCAUCUCUGGUCAUCGACAGUAAAAACCAGAAGCGCAGGACUUUGGUAUUCACAUUGACAAUGUUCAGUUUCGAUAAUUUGUUACAUUUCUUUUGCAAGUUUGCCUGUCACGGGUUUGUUUACUGUUGUUUAGAUGUACAAUGACCUGGUUACAACUGGAAUCAGUUUUUUUUGUUGUCGUUUUUGCUGGGAGACUUUGACAAUUAAGUGUGUGUAUAUAUGUAAAAUGUAAUGUAAACAAUAUGAAAAUUUUUGGGGAUGAGGUUCAGGGUCAACCGUAAUAUCCUCUUUACAAAUUCCAAAUAAACAGUUUGUUUUCA